UUGUCUUUUUCUUUGGAAUUUUCCUUUUUGAGGCUUAUUUUGGCAUAAAGUCUCAGGACUUUGGCUUUGAGAUCGAUCUGUCUGGAAUGCUCAGCUCCUGCUGAUAGACUGCAGACCCUGCUGGAUCGACACAAAAAAAAAAAAACCAGCCUGCCAAAAACGGACCCUCUGCGAAAGAUAAGCAGGAAGAAAACUUUGCAGGAGACAAAGUGAAGACGGUGGGUGGGUGGUGGGUGCUCUGAUUUGGUUUGCUCCUUCUUUCCUAUUAAACAUCUAUCGUCUUCAUCUUUCUUCCUUCUUUUAUGUUCGUUUUCUUUUUUCUUAGGGGAAGGGGUGGGUGUUAAGAUUGAACCCCGUGUUUUAAAAGUACAUGCAAAAUAACAGCUAAGCUAUAGUGGGUUUUUUAAUUUCCAAUGUCGUGCUGGUGUGUUUUAUUGAUGAUACAAUAUUUUAGGCUAAUAAAUUACAACCGAGUAACCGAUGGACCGAAAAACAGAGGACGCGAUAAGCCGUGGAGAUUUCAAUUUCAAGGAGCCAACAUUAUUAGUGAACUGAACUCUGUAGACAAGGGUGCGUUCAAGGAAAAGUGGCGAGUACUAAAUUGGACACUCUCCGUGCAUUAUAAUAGUCUAUUCUAUAGUAUUAUAAUACUGGAGGGAAAACGUAGGUAAUGAAAGUCUGCUUGCUUUUGCAAGGAUGAACGUAUUGGAACUUGGAGGGAAGGAUGAAAAUUUAAUUCCGAUUCAUGUUUUAUAAUACUGUUAGGUUAAGAGUUUCUAGUGAAAGAUUGCUAUUUUUAUAUAAUGCUUUUUUUUUAAUAACUUUUUAUCACUGUUCUAGUAGGAGGCCUGAAUUUCAAUAUAUUUUACUUGUUUUUAUUUUUGAUAUAUUAUAUUGGUUUUUGUUUUGUAUUUAAUUUUCAGAAACUUGCUAGCAACAGCUGUGAACCAGUGACUCAAUCGACCAGAGAAGGUUCCAUACCAAAAGUGUGGAGUUCCAACUGCCACAGGUUACUCAGUGCAAAGCUAUCUGGGUCUGAUAACUGACAGGUUCUUCGGGGGCAAACAAAACAACACCGGCUGAAUCCAGACUGCAAGAAACAUGUCUUCCUCACUUGUGACGUCAUUUCUUCUCCUCAUAACUUUGGCAGUGCAGAAAGGUGCGCAUGCGUCAUGCUCUUUCCCAGACACACUGAACAUGGCACGCACGGACCCGCCGUGGUACAGUCACGUGAGGUCGGACGGGUCACGUGACGCCGAGUAUUACAUACGUCACAACGUCAUGGAGAUUCAUUACCCAAAUAACGACCGGCCACAUGUCCGGUGGAAGUGCACAAUGUCUUUCCACGGAAAGCUCCUGCUCAAACGGCAGGACAUUCACAUAAACAGCUUCUACAGGUGCGCCAAGUUUAUUUUUAGAAGCCGCUCGAUCGUUCAGAUUAUGUGGUCUCACGAGAUAAAAGAGUUUGAUUUAGGAUUGUGUGAGAAUGAAUACCUGAAGCUCGAUCCAUGGCCUUUGAUCUGGUACGACACGCUAGAGAUGGAUCAUAAACCUUGUCCGUUUCACGGCGGGUACGACAUGAAGCUUGUGGACAGUCAGUUAGGGGAAAACGGUUGUAACCUCAUGCUGAGGCCCAUGAGGCUGGAAGCCGAGUGUCUGGGCGGCGAGGGUGUGACCUUUGAUUACGUCAGCAGCAACUGUUUGCCGGACAUCAACAUGUUCGUGAAGCAGCGAACGCUUUGCGUGACCGACUGGCAGGACAGUAAAAACCACUACGUGAUUCUACGGCGAAACGAAGACACUGACUUGUGGUGUCUUGUGAUGCCGAUAGAGCGCGGCUCUGAUGUCACAGCCCAUCUCUACAGCGAUCUGGCAUGUCAUUACGAGGUCGGCGCGGCUAAACAGAUGCCUCGUGAGUUCAAAUACUUCACUCUGCAGCUUCACACGAGGGUUUUCUCAACGCUUUGUGAAGACGAGUACCACGACUGCAACAAAAUCACGUGCAACGAUUACGUCAAGCACGAGUGUCACAAAUCGUGUGGGAUGUGCAACCCGAAAGAAGUCACGGACACAUGCUCUUUUCCCCGACGUUUCAGUGGCUCAUGGUUUCUGAAAGACACGGACGGCUACAAACAUAUCGAGCUAGAAGAUUCCCAAUUCGCCAUCGAUGGAGUAGGAAAUUUCAAGUGUAUGGACUUCCCCGAUAGCCCAUCCCGGAAGUCCAGGAUCUACUCGACGGUAUCUUUUUACACCAACGGUUGUCGGCCGCGAUACACGUGCAUCAAGUUCCAGCGACUCGGACCGUCGGUGCUGAGGUACAGCCAGAGCCAGAGCUACGUGUGGCCUGCGUUAGAGCACGACUUUGGCUCAGCUGUAUGUGACGAGCAGCGGUUCCACCCAGACCCAUCUCCGAUAGACGACUUAUAUAGAUCGCACGCCGGGUCAGGAAAGCCCAUCGUAGCUCAGUUCCCGAGACCUGAGUAUGUCCACUGUAACGUGACGUCAGUGUUGACCAUCAGCGCAACUCUCCCAGAAGGCUACGUGUGUUCUGGACGUAUGUACAGACAUUGCGAAGACACAACAAAACUCCGUUUGGAGUUUGGAAGCUGCGGGAGUUUGAUUCCUGCCCAUACAGAUUACAGCUGUUUAGCUAACUUCAAAGGCCACUACUGGGAGAGGAUACUGCUCGUGCAAAAUACUCACGACGAGGUUGACGUCAUAUGCUUCAUCUUCAGCCAGUUCUAUCCAAACGAGGCGUACGCAAUGGUGGCGAGCCAGUGCGAUCAGAAGAGCUUCAACUUUGUCCGGGGAGGGCUCCGAAAACCACUGCUGAAAUUGGAGUUUCGACCAGAGUCGGAUUCUUGCGUGUCCGUUCCACUGACGGAAGCGACGACGCUGGAGACGUUAUCGAGACCGGAGCACAUCGCCGACCCUCACAAAACGAUGAGCAGCGACAGCAGCAGACAUCACGCCAACGAGAGUAUCCGGCCGGGCGCGCACACUUCUGGCUCUCUGGUCGUGACCCUCCCUCCGGCGGGAAAAGGAGGUGUUGCCCCAGAUUCUGGGAGCUAUAACAAUGACAGACCUGGGAUGGUAGACGGGUCGAAGGUCAAAUCUACAUCGAAAAACGACGCCGGUUUGCAGAGAUUGUCUGACCGAAACAACGGCGCCAGCUGUAUCUGUAGACCUUGUAACGUUAUUUUCCUCCAAAUUUUCAUUUCUCUCGUUGUGUUGAUAUCCAGAUGAGGACGCGCUGUGUUCAAGAAUUCAGUAUAAAAAGCACGCAGUCUCUCUUCAUUGACUAAUGCGCUUAUAGCGUUUCAACUUUUGUUGUACGCAAAAGUUUGAGGUUCAAUACAGAGAGAGGGAUGAUUUUGUUUUGCUCUUUCUGCAGUAACUCCACACUACCUGGUGAUAUGUUCCUGGGCCAAGUGCUGCGAUUACAGAAUGAAAAAGCUGAUCAGCACAGCACGUUAGAAAGAAAAAAAAA